CACACCACAUGUACACCCGCGUCGCUGGCAGCAGAGGCCAGAGGCCCAACAAACCGGCCAACACCGCUCAACUCAAACUCCCGAGAAUGCCAGAUUAUCCACUCCUCCUCCUCCCCCUUCCUCCCCUCCCACCAUGAUUACCACCGCCCACAUCUCCAAUCCCCCGUCCCCGUGCCGCCCCUUCCACUCCCACUCCCCCUCAUCCGCCGCACCACUCCCACUCAUCCGCCGCCACCGCCACUCCAAGCCCUUCUCCACCGCCGCCGCUUCCCCGUCGGACCUCCUCGCGAGCGUAGAGUCCGUCGCGUCCGCUGCCUCCGUCCUUGCUUCCAUCGUGCUGGUCCACGAAUCCGGCCACUUCGUCGCCGCCACCUCCCGCGGGAUCCACGUCUCGCAGUUCUCCGUCGGCUUCGGCCCGGCCCUCGCCCGCUUCCGCCUUGGCCCCGUCGAGUACGCGCUCCGGGCCAUCCCGCUCGGGGGCUACGUCGGCUUCCCCGACGACGACCCGGACUCCGGCUUCGCGCCCGACGACCCCGACCUCCUCCGGAACCGCCCCGUCCCCGACCGCCUCCUCGUCGUCUCCGCCGGCGUCAUCGCCAACCUCAUCUUCGCCUUCCUCAUCGUCUACACCCAGGCUCUCACCGUCGGCGUCCCUGUCCAGGCGCUGCUCACCGGCGUCCUCGUCCCCGAUGUAAUUUCCGGCUCCGCGGCCGCCCGCGCAGGCCUGCUCCCCGGGGAUGUCAUCCUCGCGGUCCCCGGCGCCGCGCCAGACCCGUCCGUGCCCGCCCUCGUCGACCUCAUCAAAGCCAGUCCAAAUAAGAAGGUCCUCGUUACCGUCUCAAGAACCGGGCCUGGGGCAUCAGACAGGCAGUCGCUUGACCUCACCAUCGUGCCGGACACGAGCGCCGAUGGGACUGGACGCAUUGGCGUGCAGCUCUCCCCAAACUUCCGGGUCACGCGCGUCCACCCGAGGAACCUGUCCGAGGCCACUGUCCUCGCCGUGCGCGAGUACACGGCGUUGGGCGGGACGGUCCUCGAAGGGCUCAAGCAGACGUUUCUCAACUUCUCGCAGACGGCGGAGAAGGUCUCAGGUCCUGUUGCCAUAAUCGCUGUCGGGGCGGAGGUGGCCAGAUCAAGUGCGGACGGCUUGUUUCAGUUCGCGGCGGUAAUUAACCUCAACCUUGCAGCAAUAAACUUGUUGCCGUUGCCAGCUUUAGAUGGCGGGACAUUGGCGUUGAUCCUUCUGGAGGCGGCCCGUGGUGGGCAGAAGAUACCCCGUGAAAUUGAGCAGAGAAUCAUGUCAUCGGGGAUAUUGUUGGUACUCAUGGUUGGCAUUUUCCUUAUUGUUCGCGAUACACUCAAUCUCGACUUCAUCAAGGAGAAUUUGUGAUUCUUAAGGUGUAAACUAGAUCACGGAUAUAGUGAAAUGGCCAGCACCAUGCAUUGGAUUUCUUGGAAAGGUUUGUAGUUCUGAUUCCUUCUGCCCUUUGAUGGGUUCGCUCUUGCAAUCUUAGCUUGUUAUACUGAUUCAUAGGUCCUUGUAUUGUUGUUGUAUAUCAAGGUAAGCUUACGAAGUUACACUUGACUGUGUUUUUUUUUU